AUGAUCGCACUUCGCACAGCCCAACGAAGCGUAUUCGCGACAUCGCGACGCUUCGCCUCGACGCAAGCGGGAGCCGUCGUGGAAGAAGCCGCCUCGACUGCGCGCGCUGCAGCCAAGGAAAACGUCGCCGAAGCCAAGGGAGCCAUCAAGCACGCAGAAGGAAGCAUCAAGGGCGCUGCCCAACAAGCGAAGGCCUCGAUCCCUACUCCACCUGCUCCACCCAUCGUUGUUGGCACCCCCACCAUUCGUCGUCCCGUCGGAUCGGUGCGAGGAGGCGUGCUCGGCUUCCUUUUUGGCUUCGGUAUCGCUUCCGCAUACGGAUACUACUACUUGCUCAAGGAGUACAACGCUGCCUCCAACCUGAUGCUGGCCAGCGUAGAGGAGCUGCAGGGCUCAACUGAAAAGAUCACCGGCCACCUGCAGAGACUCAACAAGCUCGAAGCAGACCUCAAGUCGCUUACAUCGCAAACCGCUUCGAAAGCCGAGUAUGAAAAGAACAGGCUCGAGAUGAAAAAGAUUGUCGAUGGCAUCCACGACGAAGUGCUCGACGUCAAGAAGCAGGUUCUUGACCUUCCUCGUCCCACCAAGUACAUGCAGUAG